AAAAAGACAUUCAGUUGAAGUUGGCAACAAAUAAGUGAGGUUGACAAUUCUGUCAAACGAUCAAAACAAAACAUGUGAUGUAUAUAAAUUUGUUAUCAAAUAAAAGUUUUACAGAUAAAGCAGCGUGAUUCACAAUUAAUAAUGUAAAAAACAGAAAAAAAAUCAAUUAUGCAGAGUCCAUUCAGAAGGCCUCAGGAGUAUAUGAACCCUGUGCCUCCCCCAACUUUAACCAAAGAAGAUAUUGCAGUGUGGCAAGGAUGGUGCUUAAAAGGGGACAGAGAAGUGGCUAGAGAGGCAGCAGCCAAAGGAAGACAUCUACACUUGGUGAUUGUAUUUUUAACACUCAAAAAGAAAGUUAAAGCUGAUGAAGCUAAAAAAUGGUUUGAGAGUGAGGUUUUAUUAUGGGUUGAUGAGUUGUUAACAAGAAAACAGAUUUUUAAAGCUUGUCACAUUCUAAACAACAUAAAGUUGGACCCCAAUGGGGAGUUGGAGAAAAUAUUUUACUCUACAAACAACAAAGACUUGAGAGAUUACAUUGGAAAUCAUUUGGUAAAAAAUGAGAAACUUGGGGAUGAUUUGGUUUCCCUAUGGCACUUAUUAGAGUUGAUUUUGAAGAACAAUAUACUCAUUUCCAAGUUUAAACUGCCAGAAGAAAGCUUAAAAUGUCUGGAUGGUCAGGAAGAGAGUUGGAAAAAUGAAAUAGCGGCCAAAUUGUUUUUGAGAACUCAAGACAUGCAGUUGUGCACCUAUUUUAGCGCUGAAAGUUUUUGGAGGCAACUAAUAGUGUACAAUGACACAAAGUUGCUCAAAACUUGGAUAAAUGUGAGGUUUAACAGCCCUAAAGAUAGUUACAACGUGUCAGACAAUCUUCUUGCCAUGUUUAAAGCGUUUUCUCUCUCCAAUGAGAUGCUGAAUUUAUUGAACAACAAAAUAACGUCCCCCAACACCAGUGAAACGAUUUUGAACGAAUUCAGCAAAUUUGGUAUAUUUAGCGAGGCGGAUAGCAAACAGUUUUUAAAUAUUUUGAUAAGACUAAACAAAUGUGAUAAUGUGGAACAUAUUUACGAUAUUUUAAGGAAAACCCACUCGAAUAUUAGUAUUAAUAAUUUUUUAAUUUUGCUGCACGAUUAUUGCGUUGAAAACGAUUUGUUUUAUGUUUUUAAUGUGUGCGUUGAGGGUUUUGAUUUGCAAGGCGUUUGGGAGCAAAGAAAGUCUAAACAGUUGGGUGUAAUUUUGAAUUCGAGGAUGUUGAUUGAUGAUUUUAAUGAGGAUUUGCUUUGUUGUAAUAUUAUUAAGGUAUCGGAAUUUUUAUCGCAAGAUUUGGGGGAUAAUUAUGUUUUAAUGUUGGCGUUAAUAAUUUUUGGGAAGGAUGUUAAAUUUGAGGACAUUUUCGCCAACAAAAUAUUGAAUAUUUGUGGUGUACCACUGUAUGAAGCAGCGGAAAAAGUUUUCAAUAAUUUGGGGCUUCUAAAAACUAUUUACCAUAAAAGAUGUAGAAAGGUGGCAAAUACGUUGACUUAUUAUGAUUUGCUGGAAAAUAAUCUGCAAGUAGAUAUAAAAGAUUUGUUCAAGUUUAGGUUUUCAAAUGAGGUUAUUCCCAAUUUUACUUUCAAUAACAUCGAUAAAAAGUAUUUUUAUACAAAAACGGUGAAUUACUUGUUUUACCUUAAACAGGGCAGACCUUUUGCGGCAAGUCAAUAUUUUGCAAACAGCUGUGAUUUAAUUUGUAAAAAUAAAGUUGUUAGUAAGACUUUUAAAUUAGCUGUUAAAAAUUUGUCGAAUUCUGAGGUAACUUCAAGUUGUGUGGCAUUUCUGGAAAUAAUUGGGGAAAAUUCCGAUAUUUUAAGAGUAUCUUUAGAGGCUGCGAACAUUUUAACCGGUGAUUACGAUGAAAGUGAGGUUAUGGGUUUAUUUCUUGGACUUCCAAACGACGCUUACAACGUUCUAUUGAAAUUGGAGGAUUUAAUUUUGGAUGGUAUCAAUUUUAAAGAUUUCAGUGAGAAUGAUGUUUUCGUGGGGAGCAUUAAGAGCUACGAAAUCGUUUUCAAGUUUGCCGAGGUUUAUAACCUCAAAUAUCCGGAGGGUUUUCUCAAAAACUGCGCCACGCGUAACAUGUGGCUUCCGUUCUUGAUAUUCGCGCAGAUAAAAAAUUACCCUAUAGACCAAAUAAAGUCGUGUUUGCAAUCGCUGAAGAACCCGAAUUUGCUGGAGCACGUAAUUCACAGUGUAAGCCACGACAUUCAAAUCGAAGAUUCCAACGCUUUGAUGAGAGAACGCGAUUCAAGGAAGUACUUCUUGUCGCGCAUCGGGGUGCGCAAAAGCGUGGAUAACCCGAGCGUAUCGGAUUCGGUUUACUCGAGCAUGACGUCGCAAUCCAGCGUAGGCAGCGGUGCCAGCUCUACGGGUUCGGAUUUUCUCGAAAUCGACAUUGUGAACACCAAGGCGACUCUGUUGCAGACUUUGAUUAGAUGUCACAACAGCACUGAUCCGCCCAGGGCCCUGUUGCAGGCGUGCCAACUGUAUAGAAAUCCGCUGUUGGCCAUUUUGGCCACCAGCUAUGAGCCUGAUUCUCUACACACAAAUUGGUUGACAUGGUUGGCGGUGUCCACCGAUAUGUAUCAAACGUUUACGAAUUUCGAAGCUGUAGCUUUAUGCUCACAAUCGGUAACCACCCUAUUGUACAGUGCUAUGGUCAAUCAGUACCCAAAAACCCUCCUGCAAAGUUUCGAGAUAUUUCUUCCAGAUAGCCCAUUGAGGUACUUUUUGGAGUUCUUGAAUUCAUGCAUAAACAUGAACUUGGACGCAUUCUAUCUUGAAUCGAAACUCACCGCAUUUUCGAGUUCUAUGAUGAAAUGCAGGAGGAACAGCGUGCUAACUGAAACAGAUCACGAAAUGACGUACCUCAAAAACAGGUUGUGGCUGGAAGACACAGCUUUGCACUUGCUAUGCUCGACCCUGCAAUACAACUGCAAGUCUCUAAACCAGGAGAUAGCAAUUUUGAAGGUGCUAUGCAAGCUUAAAGUUAAUAAAUAUUUUUCCAUAGAUUUUCCGAAUAUUGAAAAUUUAUGCCGAAUACUCUGCCUUGUGAACGAUGGUAAGUGCAACGUAAAGUUCGAUGUCAGCCUUAUGUUGACCAUGGCUGAAAGCAGGAAAGCCGUUGUGGACUGUAUUAAUAAACUUUUGAGUUUGAAUCAGUUUGAGACUGCUUUAACGAUCUCGGAGAUUGAGAGUUUACCUGUUGAUAUUAUUCUAAUCAAAAAGUGGCAGUGGAAUUUCAAGAAUAAGGAUGUCAAUGAUGGUGAUUUUUGGGAGAGGUGUAACAAAGACAUGCUUAAACAUGACGUAACGGCCGAUUGCGUGAUAAAUUUUUAUUUGGGGUGUUAUAAAACCGUAAAUAACAACCUGGAGAAGUAUUUGAUAACGAAAUAUUCCUCGGAAUGGGCCGGCAAGUUCGAUCUAUCCAAUCAGUAUGCCAUAGAAACUGAGAGGUGGCUUUCAUUUAUGAACCUGGAAGAGAAGCUCAAGAAUUACGACGAUUUGAACGUCGUAUCUCAUCAUUUACUCUACAAAGAAAUGCUUGAGAAAGUUGUACAAAUCACGCCAUACAGUGAAACGCUCGACAAAGACAACCAAGGUAAUCUCAACAGGAUGUUGGUGGAGUCUCUCAACAGAAGCAACUUCUGGUUGGCGCUGAAGCUGGAAAAAAUGUUCGGCUGCUCCAGCGCCGACCUUGAGAUUCUCAAGCUGUGUUUCAGCUUGGCAGAGGGGGCUGUUUUGCCCUACCAACUAAACACGCAGCAAAGACUGCUUGUGGUGACCAAAGGUGCGAAUUUUCGGAGACUGAGCAACAGAAAAACUUUUUGGUCGGAGAGGUUCUUCAAGUUCUGUUCUCAUUCCCCUGGCACGCAGCAAAGUGAUAAUCUAGAGGCGCCUUUUCAGGAUACCUUGGCGGUGUUGCAUUCGUUGACAGAACAGUUGACGAACGGUGCUGAAAUGGCGUACAACGUCUUUAUGUCGUACCGAAUAAGCAUCAACAUUGAAAUACCGUAUCAGGUUUUCGUAUUAAACACAGACUACAUGAAGAUGCUUAAAGAUGCGCUGGAAGACGACUGCAUGAAUAAACUAGAGGUUGUUCAUGACUUCAUAGGCGUCUUCAAGUGGUCAAAAGAGGAAGUGUCCGAUUUAAUUUGCGGAGAGAUAGUUCAAGCCACCGCAAACUACAUAAGAACAAAACAGGAGGUGUUCACCAUGUGGGAUUUAAACGUGAACGAAAAUUACCACUUAAUUCUACAAUUAAUGCAGGAUAACUGCUCCAUAUUGGGGCACAAAAUAUACUCAUACGCCAGUGCGUUGCACAAAGUCCAAAUUACGGCCCCACGCGAAGUGCAAGUGAAAAUAAGCGAACUUGCGUUGGUGAUAGAGCUAUUGAUUCUCUCCCACAACUGCUUCACCACCGACUGCAACAUGGAAGGCAUUUCCAUCAUACUCAAAAAAUGCCAAAGCGUGAUAUCCAAUCUUUUGACCCUGAGAAGUUGGAAGUUGAUCGUGCGGCUGCUAACAGGUGUAGCAAGAUACACCGAAAUGAGUUAUGUGUUCCAGAUACUAAGGGAAAACGACCAGUUCGAGUUUCUGUUGAGAAAAGGCUCCAGAAAAGACAGCGCUUUAAAAAUAGCUCUGUUGGAGUACUUGAAGAAAUACUGCCCUGAAAAUCGCGAGCUAUACAAAAUAGUGGCACUACAUUUUACACUGUUCUCCGAGGUAGCUCAUUUAUGGGAAAGAGAGGCUCAAAGCGUGAUUAAAAAUUUAAUCGAAAUUUCCAAGAUGGAGAUGCAAAAUAGCAAACUUAACCCUGAAUUGGAAGCGUUUAUUUUGCUGUCAAACACCGAAAGCACGAAAAUUUGUUUAAAUAAGGCUAUAGAAAAUUAUACCCACGCUACUGAGUUUCACUUGCAAGGCGAAAAACUAGCAAAAGCAAUGAGUUCGGCCAAACAAGUAGAACUUUUGGCGUUGCAAAUGUCGUUAUUAAAUAAACUGCCCAUUAAUGGAUCUACAAAUUGUAUUUUAAAUCUGGGUACACCUCAAAUAAUAGCUUUGAUUAGUAAUUACUUGAAUUUCGACCAAACGUUUAUUUUAACUCAGGCUUAUAACUAUCAACCAGAUUGGUCUACCGUUUUGUACGAGCAGUGUAUUUUAAAGCGAAACAUCACAUAUCUGGAACAUUACCUCAACCAUUUGGCUUUGACGGAAACCAUCGUGUACAACAUCUCACGUAAAUUUUUAAGUGCGAAUAUUAACACUCCACUGGAGUUGAGGUGCAUGAAGAAUGUUUUAUCAAAGUUACCUUCAGUGCAUACCAAAUAUAGAAUUGCUAGCGAAUUGGGUUUCACUGAUUUAGUAGAGGAUUUGUUAGCUGAUGGGCAGUUGGCUUAUUUGAAAGAUACAGUGUGGAAAAAAGGAUACAAAACUUAGUGAUUUUUUGUGAUAACUUUUAUUUCUUAUGUAAAAAUAUAGUUUAUGUUUGUAUAAUGUUUAUAUCUCGAUUUCGUUAUUUUAUAAAAUUUUAUUAUAUGAUGUGAUUCUAAAUAUAUAUUUUAUUAAUA